UUACCUUUACAUAAAACAAGCUUGUGUAAGCCAUACACAGCAGGAAAGAGCAGAAAUGUAAUCAGAAAUGCCAGUCAUCUGUGUCUCUAAUCUCGAGUCAUGAACCACAUUUAAAGCUUUUCUAGUUUAAUAUUAUCUGACAAGCAAGACCAUUCAGGAAGCGCUGGAUUCUUGUACUUUGCAGAGACGAGCAUCAGACCCUGAAUGAAUCAAAUAUUUAAACCAUUUAUGAAAUAUCAAGAUUUUAUCGAGAUAAGGCUAAUUCUGGUCAAAUGGAAGGCCAAACCCAAUAUUUCCUAUACCUGAGCAUAUCAGAGAAAAGAGAAACUGGUGAGGCAAAGAAUAAGAAGAGACUUAAAUCAUCAAUACACCUCAAAAUGUUGAGCAUCUAGAUGCAUUUUCGGGUCUAUCGCCUUGGAAAUUGCAGUUUUACGGAAACUGAUCUGUUCAUCACAUUUCCUAGAGUGUAAAGUAAAACUCACGUUAACACUCCCAGGUUAGCAGUUUGCAGAGUGACACUGCUGCACCACAUGCAUCACUCUCGCAUUACUACUCAGACGAAUUUGCACUGGCAGAAGCCGGCACGCCCCAACUCAAGGAGACCACAGUUACCAAGGGAUGUGACAACACAAACACAUGAAGUGAAGAAAGAGCCAACUGAAGAAAACCACACAGGCCUAAAAGAAGAAUGUCAUAUGAGUCAAAGUUAACACCCGAUCAGAGUCACAGCAGGCCUGAUGUCCUGGAGGGUCGUCUGGGUGGUCAGGAGAGGACGCUGGCUGUGCUGCUGGAGCAGGCUUUCGCCAUCAAAGCGGAGGUGGCGGCGGGCCUGCAGUCCACCAAGGGCUCGGUUCAGGUCGAGGCCCUUUCCCGCAAGCUGCUGGAGAGUCACAUACUGACCAUCACACGCAUUGUCAAGCAGCUCAGUGUGGACAUACAGGCACUAGAGAGACAGAUCGCCCAGCGGGACUCUGUAACAUCUGGAACGUCACUGGCCGUUCAAAGCUUAGACCAGAAAAACCUGGCCGGCAUUGGAGACCUAAGAGGAAGAGUCGCCAGGUGUGAUGCCAGCAUCGCCAAGCUGAGCGCCGAUGUGAGCUCUGGGGAUCGACACAGGAUCAGACUGCAGCAGGAGAUGAAAGAGCUCGGGGCAGGUGUGGAUGUGAAGCUGGAGGAGCUGGAAGUCAAGCUUCAUCGUGACCUUGAACGGCUGUCGGCGUCAUUGACAGAGCUCACCCAGAGCCACAGGAGCUCCCUGUGUGAUCUGCAUAAACAAGUUCAACUACUAGAAGAGAAGAUGUCAGGUGGGCUGAAGGAGGCCAAGGAGCAGACAGACUCACUGAGAGAGUGGACAGAACAACAGCUCAACAGCUUUCUGCAGACGCAUGCACAGAGCAGCCAGCAGCUCUGCUCACGACUCCAAGACAAAAUGUUGGAGUCAGAGUCUAGAUUAGCCAUUCGGCUGCGUGCUCUGGAAGCCCAGAUGGAGCGGUCUGAGACCCAGCGGGACCAGUCCGACCAAAGUCCGGCAGAUCGGCUGAAACGCUCUGAAAGAAAACUCAGUGAGAGAGUGAGCUCAGUGGAGAGCAGCCUCCAUCAGGAGCUGCAGCUGCUCAAACACGAAUACCACAAAGGGUUCCGCUCUGUGCAUGAUGCCAUGGAGUCCCUGAGGCAGAUAGGUGACAUCAAAUCUCGUCUUGACAAGGGCGAGCUGCAGAAGGACAUCAGGCACAUGUGCAGCAAGGUGGCAGAGAUCAGUGACUCGUGACUAAAGAGGAACUUCUUCUGCUGUGAGGCAGCUCCCAUCCCGAAGUGAUCGAGUCACUCUUUAUAUAUCAAAAGGCUUCACUCUCAUUAUAUUCUGUGAGCCAACAGUUGUUUAGACUCUAGAUAUAUUUAAUGUACUCCCUCUCUGAAAAACAGUGAAAUGACCUUACAAUUUUUAGUUAUAAGUGAGUAUCAGUAUAAAUGUGACUUAAGAAAUAUUACCUUGAUCGUUUUAAAGCAAAAAGGAUUCAGUCAUUCUUUUUAGACGUAAAUUUAAAUCUUGAGACGAGAACAAUACUGAAUUAAAGGAAUGUAAUAAAAGAACUAUCAAAAUAUA